CAGGUGUUCCGGGACACGUUAUUGUUGCAUCAGAUAGUGGAAAAUGGCAGGCACGGGAGAUCAAGCCUUUGAUUAUGGCUUCUUACUGCGCAUAAGCAACGAUGCUCGCAGGGUUGAGGCUCUCAAUGAGUACUUGAGCAGUCGCAGUUACCUGGCCGGCUAUGGGCCUUCGCAGGCAGAUUCUGAAACCUUUUCGCUUCUCUGCGGGCCCCCACCCGAGUGGCAUGUCCAUGCCCUGCGCUGGUACAAACACAUAGCUGCCCUGAAGCCCCAAAUUAUUGACCAGACCCCAGAAUGCAGCAGGCCCAACAAUGAGGACGGCCAGAGUGAAAGUGUUUCAGCAGGGAAAAAAAAAACGCAUCUGGUAUGGCCUGAAGCAAAGGGAAAACGGGUGCAGCCACCUUGGUCUCCACCAAAAGGAACAGACAUUUCAAAGCUGUGUCUCUACAACAGCCUCACAAGAACCAAGGAGGUGUUUGUACCACAAAGGGGGAACAGGGUUUUAUGGUACUGCUGUGGCCCUACAGUGUAUGAUGCUUCUCACAUGGGUCAUGCCAGAUCCUACAUUUCUUUCGAUAUACUUCGGAGAAUACUGAAGAACUAUUUCAAAUAUGAUGUCUUCUACUGUAUGAACAUCACAGAUAUUGAUGACAAAAUCAUCAAAAGAGCCCGACAGAACUACCUGCUGGAGCAGUAUAGAGAGAAGAAGCCAAGUGCCUCUCAGAUACUUCAGGAUGUGUUCACAGCCAGAGAGCCCUUUAAAGCAAAGCUUGCUGAGACUACAGACCCAGAUAAAAAGCAGAUGCUGGAGAGAUUGGAUGCAGCAGUGAAUGCUGCCCUGGGUCCCGUGCAGGUGGCAGUGCAGAGCAAAGCUGCAGAUGCAUCAAUUCAGAAUCAGUCAGAGGUUUUAUUGGAGGAAGCCAAGGAUCUUUUGUCAGAUUGGUUGGACUCCCAGUUUGGUAGCCAAGUGACAGAAAACUCAAUCUUCUCCUUGUUGCCGAAAUACUGGGAGGGAGAAUUUCAUAAAGACAUGGAAGCUCUGAAUGUCCUCCCUCCUGAUGUUCUCACACGGGUCAGUGAGUACGUGCCAGAGAUCGUGGCAUUUGUCAGAAGGAUUGUGGACAACGGUUAUGGAUAUGAAUCAAAUGGAUCAGUGUAUUUUAACACGGCAAAGUUUGACUCCUGCCCUACUCACUCUUAUGCCAAACUGGUGCCGGAGGCCGUUGGUGAUCAGAAGGCUCUUCAAGAGGGAGAAGGAGACUUGAGUAUCUCAGCAGACAGACUCAGUGAAAAAAGAUCACAGAAUGACUUUGCGUUGUGGAAAGCCUCCAAGCCUGGAGAACCAUCCUGGGACUCCCCCUGGGGAAAGGGAAGACCUGGAUGGCAUAUUGAGUGUUCAGCCAUGGCUGGAUCCAUAUUGGGAGAGUCUAUGGAUAUCCACGGAGGGGGAUUCGACUUGCGUUUUCCUCAUCAUGACAAUGAGUUGGCGCAGUCUGAGGCCUACUUUGAGAAUGAUCACUGGGUGCGGUAUUUCUUGCACACAGGUCACCUGACCAUCGCUGGAUGCAAGAUGUCUAAAUCUCUAAAGAACUUUAUUACUAUCAAAGAUGCCCUGGCUAAACAUUCAGCUAGGCAGCUUCGUUUGGCCUUUCUCAUGCAUUCAUGGAAAGACACGUUGGAUUACUCCAAUAACACUAUGGAGUCGGCCAUUCAGUAUGAGAAGUUCAUAAAUGAGUUCUUCCUAAAUGUAAAAGACAUUCUUAGGGGCCCUACUGAUAUCACUGGCCAGUUUGAGAAAUGGGAAGCUGAGGAGAUUGAACUGAACAAAAGUUUCAAUGAGAAGAAAGCAUCAGUACAUGAGGCGCUGUGUGACAACAUAGACACUCGUUCUGCUCUAGAGGAGAUGCGUGCCCUGGUCGGGCAGAGUAACACCUACAUGGCAGCCAGAGGAAGCGCAAAAAUGCCGCCCAAUCGCAUGCUGCUAGAGAGCAUCGCCCUAUACUUGACCGACAUGCUUAAGACAUUUGGAGCUAUUGAGGGAAAUGAGGCCAUCGGUUUCCCUGUUGGUAAAAAUGGACAGAAUGCAAAUCUGGAGAGCACCGUCAUGCCCUAUUUGUCAGUACUGUCAGACUUCAGGGAAGAAGUCAGAAAAAUUGCAAGAGAGAAGAAAGUGACAGAAUUGCUGCAGCUCUGUGAUCUAUUACGUGAUGACACUUUACCCGAGUUGGGUGUCCGACUGGAGGAUCGUGAUGGGCUUCCUACAGGGGUAAAGCUGGUGGACAAAGAGACGCUACUGAAGGAAAGAGAGGAGAAGAAAAAGUUGGAAGAUGAAAAGAAAAAGAAAAAAGAGGAAGCUGCCAGGAAAAAACAAGAACAAGAGAUGGCAAAGCUGGCAAAAAUGAAGGUUAAACCCAGUGAGAUGUUCCAAUCUGAGACUGACAAAUACUCCAGAUUUGAUGAAACGGGCUUCCCAACACAUGAUGCUGAGGGGAAUGAGCUCAGUAAGGGACAGACCAAAAAGCUUCGUAAGCUUUAUGAGGCCCAAGAGAAGCUGUACAAUGAAUACCUCCAAUCAACCCAGAACGGAAGCUGAGAAUAUGACGCAUUGAGUCUGGUGUGACUUGUGAUCCGCCCAUAAUGUCUGUAAUGAACUUGUCUUCUUGUGUUUGUAAAAAGGCAGCAAGACUUAAAGACUUCAUUGAUUAGUUUUGCUACAAGUCCUUCUGAUUGUGAUUAGAAGGUUUUCAUUUUCCUGAUGUUUUGCCAUCCCAGAUGUGUAUGACUUUCUUCUGUUGAUCACAAACUAAAUAGUUUUAGAAGAAUGUUACAGCUCUAUUGGUCCGUACAAUUCAAAUCAACCGGGUGUAAAUCUUUGACACUCAAAAAGCAUAAGCAUGUGUUUCUCACCUUCACCUAUCAUAUCUCUUCAGAAGACAUGGAUUUAACCACUGGAGUCACAUGGAUUACGUUUAUGCGACAUUUAUGUGCUUUUUUGAGCUUCAAAGUUCUGGCCACCAUUCACAUUUGACCAGAAAUAGAUCUGAAAUAUUUUUCAAAAAAUCUUUGUGUUCAGCUGAAGAAAGAAAGUCAUACACAUCUGGGAUGGUACGAGUGUGAGAAAAUUAUGAGAUAAUUUUCAUUUUUGGGUGAACUAUUCCUUUAAUGUUUUCAAUAUUGAUUCAAUAUUGGCUUUUUAAAAACCUGGCUGUUCAAGUAGGCACUUUUCUGAAGCAAUGUUUACACAUCAUCCAGUCAUAUAUAUGAUUCCUCCAGAAUCAAAAUGUCUCAAAUGAAUCCGGAAUGAAGGAACCAAAGGUUUGCAGGUUUACCAGAAAAGGAAAUGCAGAGGCAUGCAUAGGAGAAAGUUUAACAUACUCUUUUUAAGAACAUGAAGUACCAAAAUAAA